AUGGCGGCCACAGCAACCAUAGCCUCUACGAACAUGGGGGUUCUGCUGCAAGAUGACGUUUUUGUCGACUUUUUCAACACAUUUCUGAACCUUCCCAUUUUUGGCCAGACACCCAUUUACAUCAGCAGCAUUGGCCGGUGGAACCUCUGGCCAGAGCUACCGAGCCACCUGGAUCCCAGCCUCCCGGGUUUAUUGACUUGGUUGGAAAAGCACCGGCUGCCUCACUUCUGCAAAUCCAGCUUGUGCCUCCACUUCGUCCUCUGCCAGAAGCUCCUCAGUUUCAUUCGGUCGGAGGAAGCAGCAAAACUGCUGAACUGGCAGAGCGCUGACCAAUGGCUGCUUGAAAAGUGCAUCAGCGGGAGCCGGGGCAUGUGGCGGUUUCGGGCCUUCGUCCAAGGACUGGCAGGGGAAGAACUAACCAAGUUCUGGCUCACAACUGAAAGGAUUCUGGGGCUCGACAAGUCAGAUGCAACACAGAGAAAGCUCUACCUGUCCUUGCUCCAUGCACUGAAGGCCACCCACCUGAGGGAAGGUUCCAGAGUUAUCGCUCUCUGCAGGACACCCAUUGGUAAGAAGCAUCGGAGCCAGCAGCCUAUUAGCACCUGGAAGGAGACCUUAAGCAAGAUGCAGACACUGGCCCUGCUUAAGAUUCAGAAUUACUGGCUCCCUAACUUUUUCAUUCACUGCAAGCUGAGCAUGGAGAAAGAGGAAUCGUGCUGGCCUCUUCUGCAGGAAUAUCGUGAGCGAUUACUGGCCAACGCACAGGAGCCAACAGGCUCUUUUAAUGAUCUCUUUACAAUGCAUAUUAAAAAGAGCCAGGCUUUGUCAGGGCCCUACUGCAGCAAGAAGGCCAAAGAGGAGAUCUGGACUCUCACCAAAGAGGGAAGAGUCGCCCAAGAAAUGAAGAUGCUCGGGAGUUUUGGGGGGCAAUCAGAAAAAAAGCCAGGGCCAGCCAGAAGCAUGUAUAGUUCAGACACGGAGAAAUCAUAUCUGGAUGAGGAUACUUUGGACCUGAUUUCUCAGCAGUCAGAGCAUCUUGCAGACACUGCCUUUGGAGACAAAGGAGGAGAGACCUCUCCCAAAAGCUCUUGUCCUGACAUAGAGCACUUCCUUCAACUGGAAGAGCUCUGUGAAGAGCAAUUGCUCUCUGACAUGCAUUUCUCUACACCGGUUGUCCAGCUGCCAUCCCUGCUAGCCCUGAAAAGGCCAGUCAAGUCCUUUUCCUCCUUAAGCUUCCUUGCUUGGGCCCUGAGUGCUGAGGGCUGUGCAGGGCAGCCCUUCAGGGAGUUCUUGAAGCGCAAGGAGAGACCCAUGGAGACUUGUCUCCUGGACCUGUGGCAUGACCUCGAGGAUUUUCUGUGCGUGGUGCUGGGCUGCAGCGGUGAAGGAAGUUUCUUGCUGCGCCAUUUGAUAGGGGUGAGGAUAUGCAAGACUUACCUGGAAAAAGGCUCCAUUCAUCAUCUUCCCCUGGAAAUGAGGACUCUCAGGAACUUGCAGGACCGCCUGCCUUCUGGAGAAGUCACUCCCUGGAUAUUCAAAGCCCAGGAGGAGAUUUGUAAGGUGCUCGAAUUCUUCUAUGACGAGUUUCUGGCUGAAGAUGAUGAGACUUUCCUUCAGUUUAUGUCCCCACAGAGCAGUUUCCUGAUGCCCAAGAUGCAAGGACACACUGUUGGGAAAGAUGAACAUUUCCUCCUACUCAAGCGGAUAAAUGAAUCCUUGAAGCUGAGCCAAGCCCUGUAUGGCAUGAGGGACUUGGAAAGUCUCUCCUCUGAGCACUGGCAAUUAAUUGCCACUCAGGACCUCCGGAAAGGGGGCUCAAUCCAGGUGCAGCUGGAACCUCCCGUGUGCAGGAUCGAUUUCCAGAAGAUGACAUUCGAUGAGCUGGCUGUUAAGAAUCCAUUGCUGGCUAUGGAUCUGCUAAGCGAGAAUUACAAGGUUUUCUGUCUCAAAUUUCCAUCCCUUGCCUUUGACCUCAAGCAUGAAAAGAAGAGGACCUUUCCUGUGAGCAGAACCAAAAUAAACGUGCCGAAGUCCACUGUUGUCAUAUUAGAGAAGCCAGCUGUAAGACCCAGGCACUUCAUGGAAGUAUUGCACAACCCUGUCCAUUUGGAGUUCUUCAAGCAGUUCCUCAAGGAGCACAACACAGAUGGCCCACUGCACUUCUGGCUGGCUGUGGAAAAGCAGGUCACAGAGACCAACCCCAGGCAGCAACGCAUCCUCAUCAACAACAUUGUCAGAACAUACUUUCAUGCUAAAAUCCCAGCUGAGGAGCUGCUGGACUGCUCUGCUUCUAUCAUCAGAGAAAUAAGUGAGGCCAAAGUAGUCAGCUCUGCUAUGCUGAUCACAGCACAGACCUUUGUCCAGAAAGCAAUGGAAGAACGAUGGUUUAUGGACUACCAGGACCUGUUCCCCCCAGACAGUAUCUGUGAGCCUCGCCUACUUUUGCGACACGGGAUGGGGAAAUUCAAGAGAGAUGAGCUGAGGAAGGCCUGGGAAGCCAUUCGUGGCUGCGUCAAGAGCAUCUGCAAGUUCCGGAGGGAAAUGAACAACGAAAGAGCCCGUGCGGAGUUUGAGGACUUUCUCCGGAAAGAAGUAGGAAAUCGAAAGGAAAAUUUGCCCAUCAACUUGACACAGAGCAGCAGCACUUCAGGCACUUUCCACUCACAUAUGACCCCUGCCAACAUCCCACAAGACACGGAGAUGGUACUAGUGAAACGCCGCCUCUUUAAGAACCGGCUUAUUACUGUUAACUUCCUCGUCAACGAUCUCCACUUUUAUCUGGAGACUGACAAGUUUUCCAAGCUGGCUGAUUCAGCUAAAGCUCUAGCAAACUGCAGCAAGCACCAAGACCAGGAAAUUGCCUUCCUCAAAAACAAAGUCACCAUCAUCAACAAUCUCUUUCUGGACUCUGAUAUUCCCCCCAAACUGCGGGUGAACAUUUCUGAAGCACAGAAAGAUUUAAUCUGGAGUUUAUCUUCCAAGGAGAUACUGGACCGCAGCCUCUACUAUGGGGCCACAAUUGUCAUCUUCCCCAUCCUGAUGCACUUCUGGAAAAGGUUCUGCAUCAGGAAGGCAAUGAAGGGCUUCUGGGUUCCCCGGAAAAGAAGGACGCCAAUCUCUUUGCCCAUUAAAAAAACCUCCUCCAAAUCACCUAUCAUCUACAGUACAGGAUCCUACCGCUUCCUCUUCUCCUCACUAGGUGACUGCCCGGUCAUUGAAUUCACGCUGCUGAAUGGGAUCCAGGUCCUGCUGCCCCAGGCUCAGAAGGAAAAGGAACUGUCCAAGAAGCAGAAGGCUUCAAAUGAAGUUCUCCAGAAAGGACAGUUGCCUGGCAAACCUGCAUCUCCCAUCCUGCGACACAGGCAGCAGACUUCAGCUAAGAAGUAG